AUCUAUUUCUCAACUUUCUGACAUCUCCCAAACAACACUCGACCAAAAAAAAAACAAAAAAAACCACAAACUGUGACAUAUGCGAGAAUAAUGCUCACGAGCAUAUAUCUUCUACCUCCUUUUCCAUUUCCCUUUUCGCUCUAACAAUUCCAUAACCUCAAAUCCUUCACUUCACUUCACUCUAUCAAAUACUCUGCUAAUUUUUUUUUUUAUUAAAAAAAAAAAAAAAACCUAGACCCUUCCGGUGAGGAAGGAAUGACCACCACGACAAGUAUUGGCGGCGGAACCGGCGGCGGAGGAGACGACCGGGUUCUCGCUACCGCUCAACAGAUCUUGAAGAGUCUUAAUACUGCCAAAGAGGAUCGCCAAGACAUGCUUUUAAUCUUUUCCUCCUUCGACAACCGCCUCUCGGGCAUUUCUGACCUCGUCAACGGCGAGGAUUCAAAAUCCUCUUCCGAUGAAGACCUUGACCGAUUCGAAGCAGCGGAGAAGGUCAUUCUUGCAGAUGCAUCCCACUCUGGUGAACCUUCCCGCCAAUCCACCUCGCUCUUCGAUCCUCCGAAUGGCCCCGUCGAGUACUUAUCCGCCGUCGACGAGAUCAUCCUGUGGAUGGAACAAUUCUCGAUCGCGCCGCCGCCGCCGCCGUCGUCGAGCGGGAGAAUCCGCCAGGUCACAGUGGACCGCGCUGAGAACGCGAUCCAGCUCGCGAUGUCGAGGCUUGAGGAGGAGUUGCGCCACGUGUUGAUUUGCAACACCAUCCCUCUCGACGCCGUGAGCAGCUACGGUUCGAUCAGGAGGGUUUCGCUCUCGUUCGCUUCGCACGACUGCGCAAUCGACGAGAAUCUAGGAAGCUUCGGCGAGGUCAGCGAUCGAGGUUCUCAUCGGUUUCACGAGCGUGGUGCGAGCUUGGGAGAUGACGAUUUGUUCGUGGAUUUGGUGCGUCCUGAUGCGGUGCCUGACCUCAGAGAGAUCAUCGAUCGAAUGGUUAGGUCUGGUUACGAAAGGGAGUGCCUUCAGGUUUAUAGCAGUGUCCGUCGUGACGCUUUGGAUGAGUGUUUGGCUACUCUUGGUGUUGAGAGGCUUAGUAUUGAAGAGGUUCAGAAGGUUGAAUGGAAGAGUUUGGAUGAGAAAAUGAAGAAUUGGGUGCAAGCUGCUAAGGUUGUUGUUGGGGUGCUGUUGAGUGGCGAGAAGAGGCUGUGCGAUACUCUGUUUGGUGAUUUGGAUGAGUUCAAGGAGAUUUGUUUCAAUGAGACUGCUAAAGGGUGUGUUAUGCAGUUGUUGAAUUUUGGUGAGGCCAUUUCAAUUUGUAAGAGGUCGCCGGAGAAGUUGUUUAGGAUAUUGGAUAUGUACGAGGCUUUGAGGGAUGCUUUGCCUGAUUUGCAGGCUAUGGUUUCGGAUGAGCUUGUGAUCAGUGAAGCCAAAGGAGUGUUGAGUGGACUUGGUGAGGCUGCCAAAGGGACAUUUGCUGAGUUUGAGAAUUGUAUUCGGAAUGAGACUUCCAAAAAGCCAGUAGUAACUGGGGAUGUUCAUCCUUUGCCUCGUUAUGUCAUGAAUUACCUCAAAUUGCUUGUGGAUUAUGGUGACCCUAUGGAUUCACUUUUGGAAAUCACUGAAGAGGAUCUUUACCGUUUUCAGAAUGAUUUUGGUGGUGAUGGUUCCCAGUUGGAGGCCAUGUCCCCCUUAGGACGUCAAAUUUUGUUGUUGAUGUCUGAGCUUGAGUAUAAUCUUGUGGAAAAAUCAAGACUUUAUGAAGACAGUGCAAUGCAACAGAUAUUUUUGAUGAACAAUCUCUAUUACCUAGUGCGGAAAGUGAAAGAUUCAGAUCUUGGGAAGGUCUUGGGAGAUGAUUGGAUUCGUAAACGCCGUGGUCAGAUUCGCCAGUAUGCUACAGGCUAUCUCAGAGCCUGUUGGAGCAAGGCCUUGUCUUGUUUGAAGGAUGAAGGGAUUGGAGGGAGCUCUAGUAAUGCCUCAAAGAUGGCUUUGAAGGAAAGGUUCAAGAGUUUCAACGCAUGUUUUGAAGAAAUAUAUAGGAUUCAGACAGCUUGGAAGGUACCAGAUGAUCAGCUUCGAGAAGAGCUGCGAAUAUCUAUAUCGGAGAAGGUGCUUCCUGCAUACCGGGCAUUCAUGGGGCGGUUUGGUAGUCAGCUGGAGGGAAGGCAUGCGGGGAAAUACAUUAAGUACACACCAGACGAUCUAGAGACCUAUUUGUCAGAUUUGUUUGAAGGAUCCCCUGCUGUAUUGCAUCACAUAAGGAGAAAAAGUACAUAGUAUAUAGAACAGGUGAACUCAUUUUAAGAGGACUAGUUGAAAAAGAUUUCCUGUGUCAUAUGUAUCUUCUGCCUGGAUAGAUGUUUAUUUUACAGGUCUUAAUGUUAGCAUUGUAUUUUGUGAAAUUCAACUCUCCUCCCAAGCCUCUUCCUGAGCAACCAAAAAAGAAUUUUUGUUUUUCCUGCUGUAAUAUCUUUAUAUAUAUGCACAAGUCUAGUGUCUCACACAGCUUAUCUAUGUUAUUGUCAUUAAUCACUAUACUUGUUGAAAUAAUACUCUCAAUCUUAUAGCUACCUUAAAUCCUGAUCCUGUGUAUUUACAUAUCUGCAAUUUGUAUAAUUGUCAGUUUUCUAUAUAUUGAAAGGACGAUGGUUUUUUUACCUGGCAUAUACCAUACUAUUUGUGCAUAUUUUAUGUUUAACUGAUAAUCGAAGCGAGGAAAUAAGACAUAGGUGUCAAAGAAACUGUAUCUGCUCA